GGUAAAGACUGCGAUGACUGCAAAGAAACCUUUCUUUUACGCUUCAGGGAGUUAAAAGAUGAAUGUACAGCUUUGCUAUGCAGCAAACCAGCCAAGAGAAGCUGAAUCAAAACACUCUCGCUAAUCUGCUGGUGGAGUAUUCUAAGUCAGUAAUGGAUAAAACUUAUGUGGAAGAAUGCAGACUGGUGAACGAUGAGUUCAAAGAUAACGACAGCAAACAGAAACUUUUGAAUAUUAUUGACAAAGGAUGCUAUUUAAAUCCCAAAACAUCAUCAUCAUUCAUCAGAGGUUUUUUUUCUAUGCCAGAGCAAUUAUCCAUACCGGAAGACAUAGCUAAACAGUUCCUUCCAAGCUUAGAAAAUGAUGUCAAGACAGAAGAAUUGUUAGGCAAGGAUGUGAUGGAGUGUCUGUACUGGAGAAAAGGAGCUCUACUCUACAUGUACUGUAAUACUAUCUAUUCUGACAAUGAAAGAUGGACAGGAAUGAUGGCAGAUUUUAUSAAGGAUUGUGAAGUUGGUGUUGAGUUUUUGCAGAAAAUGCUCAUUGUUAGAACACCUUCAGAAGAGGAUAAAGAAUCCAUGGAAAGUAGACAUGACAGUACGAUGGAACUGUUGAAGCAAGGUAUUUUUAGUGACACUCAUCUACUUGGACUGAUGUAUGCUGGCGAACUUUGCUAUUGGCACUGGAAAACACAAAACUUAAACAAAAACAUGGCUACCUCUGGCGAUACCACCAGACCAUUCAACUCGCUCGCUGAAGGUAAAAGGUUCCUAGGAAGAUAUAUUAGAACAGUACGAGGCCCUUUGAAAGGGAUGGGAUGGGAUACUAUCAAGGCUGAGCAGUAUUUAGAUGAAUUAAAUAACGUACAAGAGGUUGGUACCUAAAUGCUGUAUGAUGUCAUUUACUGUCAAGAAAUUUUUUUWAAAUUUUAUAGAAUUUCUUACGGUACUUUCUUCCCUGCUAGCAGCAGCCUUUUUUCCUUUUGUUUUGGUGGAGUUAGAAAAAUAGAGCCUGCCGAUGUAGGAUGUUAUACUUGUUGCGCCUGCGUGGCGUAACUUAGCAACGACUCGUCAAAGAACGUUUGGCGCAUGGUGUGUUAAAUUUGCUCAUGCGCACUACAUUACCCGGUUAAAAACCUGUUUUAAAACUGGUUUCGUUUGUUCACCAUCGUGGACGGCGGUGUAUCAAAGGAAACGCUCUACAUCGACAGAGUCUCCCUCCUCCCCGCCUAGAAGAAGGGAGAGAAAGAGGAAAGACUCUGCUAGCAGGGAAGGUACUUUCCAAACACACGCGAAAUCGUAUAGUUUGCUGACGCUGCAAAUURAAAUAGGGUUUUGGUGGGCAAUAAUCAAAGUGUUUCCAUGAAAUUGUCCGAGUUCCRAGUUUCAAUUUACCGYUGUGUUCCUCGAUUACGGACUCAUUUACUCAGGCCUCGUAUCAGUGUCUAAAUUUUCACAAAUACCAACGGUAAAUUAAAGAAUGCACAACUUCAACAAUACAAACACUUUGAUAUUGCACGGACCUUCAGUGGAACAGAUGAAAAUUCURCACAAAGUCUAGGCUAAGGCCCCGUCUACACUAUGCCGGAUAAAUUUGGAACCGAAUUUUUAURUAUUCGGUUAGGUCUACCGUCCACACUAGUCCGGGCGAAUCCGGAACAAUUCUUCACCGAAAAUCAAUUUUUUCGAAUACGGUCUCCAGAGUGGAACAAUUUGGAAAGCCGGCUAGCCGUAUUAGUGUGGACGGAGAACAUUUUGUAUCYGAAUGUUUUCGAAUACGAUGACGUCAUGAUUGUCAUGGGAACAGGGCGGGAAUGCUAAAAAUUCACAGCGGGCUCAAUUUAAGCUUCGAUGCACAUGCUCAGAUGUGCAAUGAAGCGUUUUUGCCGCCCCUGGGCUGCAUAGUGUGGACGCGAAACAUUUUAUCCAUUUUCAUGAGYGGACGGAAAACUUUUUUUUCGGUUUCGGUGUGAAAGCUGCGGAUUCAAGUUUAUCCGGCAUAMUGUGGACGUGGCCUUWGCCUGAGCAACAGAGAACUCGAAACUCGAUUAUUAGGCUCAGGUCAAACGUCGAACUUCACAUGAGCCGCUGAGAAUUGCUAGAAUUGAUCAAUGUCUUCGUAUUUUACAACUGAAGCCACAUACUUCACACCGUCAAUYAUUUUGAAGGAGCCGUAUUAGAAACCCAUUUUAAACCACUGCUAUUCUACGUGAGCAACAGUAAUUUAAAUACAUAUUCCAAAAUAUAAGAUUCAUUAUUACUGUUUCAACGACAGCCGGAACUGAUUUCAAAGGGAACGAAAGUACGAAAAAAAGAUGUUAUCAUUUUGCUUCAAGCUGUAAUAUUUCGACUAACUCUGGCGAUAACAAUCAAGAACUGACAAUUAUACAAUAUUGAGACCYGGGGCUUGAAUAAAUAUUAGAAUACUGA